AUGCGCGGAGCAGAAGAAAUUUCUGCAAAUGUGAGCAGUUUGAUUGAAGCGAUCGCAGGGACGACGGUAAUCGUUUCACAAAGUUAUUUCAUGUUUUCUAAUUGGUCUAGAUAACACCCGCUGACGAUCCGAUGAAGUCCGUCUUGGACAAAGCCGUCAUUGUGCUAGAGGAACUCCGCACUAUGCAAGUUCUCACGGAAACAUCUUCUGAGGGGGUCAAUGAGCGGCUACGGGUUCGAAAAAAUGCAACUUCAUAAAAAAGUACACAUUUCAAGAUAAUUGAUGAUAACAUUUCGAAUAUGGAUUCUCUAUUCGACAAAGUAGACGACAUGGCCCAAACAUUGAUUACGGUAUUUAAAAACACUGUCAAAGCGUUUCAUUCUUCUAUCUCUUUCAGUUGAAAGCAAACAUGGAAAAGCUGGAACGAGCUUACAACGUGCUGGAACGGCAGUGA